UCGAUUCAACAAGCGUAGCGUGAGCUCCAGAAAACGACGCCGUUUCAAUUCUGCUGGCCGAGGGAAAAAACGACGACGUAUCCCUCUGCUGCGUCCCCUCUGACGCUCAAAAUCCCCACUCCCCAACCGAACCCACAUCUGAUCGCACCCAAAUGACGUGAAAAUGGAGAUUUGUAGGCUAUUCCUGCACUGUUGUUAGCCCUAAUUCACCCCUCUCCCCUAAAAUCCUAUGUAAAACCCUUCAAUUUUUGGCUAGAUUUGGGGGCUGAGUUGAGGCUCAUAUGGCGUCGGAAGAAGUGGGUUUUGUGCCACCACAGAGGCUCGAAAAUGGGUUGAAUUCACAGCUCGUAUUCCAGGAUGAGGCGCUCCGGUUCAAUUGUGGCGCGCCGCAGCGGCGAGUCGGCGAUCCGGGACCGAAGACGCGAGAGCUGAGCAGUUUCAUAGAUGAAAAGAUGUUUUGCGUGGAACGGGAUCGGUAUUUCCACCCGCAGGGCGGGGAAUUCCGGCGGAGCAUAUACGGAGACGCCCCUCCGGAGCGGCCGGACGGCCGGAACUGGAAUGGGAACGGGAACACGCCGACCCCAAGCGGCGAAGGAUCGGAAGGCGAGGAGGAUGAUGAUGAGGAGGAGGAAGACGACGAUGACGAGGUUGAUGAAGGUGAUGGUGAAGUGGAAGGGCUUGUUGCGGUGGAUGACGCCAAUAAGAGUAACAAUCAUAGUAGUGGUAGCUUACAUAGCAGUGCUGAUAAGAUUGGCAAUGGGAAAGCGAAGGACCAUUCUUCAUUUGGGUCAAAUAGGGAUGUGUUGAUGAAGGAUGGCGCCAUUGUUCUAUCUACAAAUAGUGCUAGAGCAAGUCCUAGUGAGAAUCAUCGGCAAGGACGAAUUAGUCAUUACCAGAAUGCAGUUACAAUUGCAGAACCUGAUGGCGACAUGUACUAUUCACAGUUUUUGCAGGGCCCGGAGGGGUCUGCUCCUGGGCAGAAGGAAUUAGCUGUGGAAAAUGGUUGUGGGUUUAGUGGAAGAAAGGAUGUUUCAUUAUCAACCGAGUCGGGGGAGUCUUUAAAGGCGAUUCUUUCAGACCCUCUAACAGGUGCACUUAUGGAUGAUGCAAUGAUAUUACCUUGUGGACAUUCCUUUGGAGGUGGUGGAAUGCAACAUGUCAUUAAAAUGAAAGCUUGUUCUACUUGUUCGCAACCAUUUUCAGAAGACUCAGUGCAACCAAAUCUCUCUCUCCGAGCUGCUGUACAGGCAUUUCGCCGGGAAGAAGAGCUACAGGUUUACCGCACAUCGAAAAGAAGAAGAGAGAGGUCUGACCAGGACAAGUGUAGCUAUGGUGAUUCAACUCUAAUGGAUACUCCAAGGGGUAGAGGCGUUCAGUUUCCAUUUGCUGUUACCGACCGAGUUAUAAUAAAGGGGAACAAGAGGACACCACAGCGCUUUGUUGGACGUGAGGCUGUUGUAACAACACAAUGCUUGAAUGGAUGGUAUGUGGUGAAGACAUUGGAUAAUGCAGAGAGUGUUAAACUGCAGUAUCGUUCACUCGCCAAGGUUCCAGAUAAUCCAUCCUCAAAGCCAAUGUUGAGCAAAAUGACACCAAACUGGCUCUAGACCUGCAGUCCACAAAAUGGGUGAAGUCAUGCAGCAAUGAUUUCUAUCCCACAUGCCACAUACCAUAUCUUUGAUCUAACUUUAUUGCUCAUGAGCUUUCCUUAUAUACCCUAUCGAAUUCCUUCCAAGCAAACAUCACGAUAUUCUGGCCUUGUAAAUUAUAGAGAGAAAGCCCUGUCAGCUGAUGAUGCAAGAAAAGAACCCCAGAAUGAGAUGUGAGAUGUGAACAUUUUUGCUUUAGAUACUGGAGCAGCAGCCUUUGUAUCCUAGUUUACUAUGUAGAAACCUGAAUUUUAUGUAAUCAUUUUUGCUUGUAAUGUCCAAAGAUAGUAGCCUCUGUAUCUAACUGAUGCUUCUUUAAGUCAUCCAUCUGCCUGACUGAUAUUUUAAGUAUGUUUAGUCUCAAGUCACUUUCUGUUAA